AUGAUGACCAACGAUUCGUUAAUCAGUAAUAUCACUGAGACCAUCUCGUCGCACUUGCCCAAGACAAAUUACUUAUCCGGCAUUGAUAAAUUUUUGAAAGCUCUUCAGGAGUCUUCAUCGGAAUUCGUUGAUGUGGUUGAUCAUUCGGCACAUGCUCAGCAUUUACAACAUAUUCACAAUGAUCAUGCAAUGAUGGAUCAUAGUGCACAUCAGAUGAUGGAUCAUAGUGCACAUCAGAUGAUGGAUCAUAGCGGACAUCAGAUGAUGGAUCAUAGUGGACAUCAGAUGAUGGAUCAUAGUGGACAUAUGAUGAAAAUGUGGUUCCAUGGUGGAUACGAUGAAGUGAUUUUAUUCGACUUCUGGCGAAUCAAUUCAUUGUCAGGAUUGAUAUUAUCUUGUUUAUUGAUAUUUGCGAUGGCAUCUUUAUAUGAGGGUAUAAAAUGGUUCCGAGUGUAUCUGCAAUUAUCAUUCAAUUCUUCGCCGUCGAGCUGUCCAGGUACUUGUGAUGCACAGAGCAGUCUUCUGAAUGACUCAAAUCCCAACUCUCCAGAUGCAUAUGUCGCACCGAAUACUUCUCAACACACGCCCAAUAGCCCUUCUCGAACAAACGAGAAAGUACGAGCAGCCUCACCUUUCGAUCCGAUGCGACUGGCUCAGACAUCUUUGCUGUUCAUUUGUGGCGGUUAUGUAACAGUUGCUGAAUUGUUAAAGUUGAAAACUAAUCUUCAGGCACUUUUGUAUGCGAUCCAGCUAACUUUAGCAUAUUGGUUGAUGUUGAUCGCUAUGACCUAUAAUUCAUGGCUUACUGCGGCUGUGGUGCUUGGUGCAGCUUUCGGACAUUGGUUAUUCGCCAUAUUGAAAUGUUUGAAUCCUCGUGCUGACCAGAUGGAUACGUUUGCAACUGAUGCAUGUCAUUGA